GGGUAACUCGGAGGCGCCCACGGCCGCAUCCGCAUCAGGCUCUAGUGUCGGCGGCUGCGUGGAUCCUGGAGUGUCAGAUUCUCGACCCGGAGCUUCUCCGCCUCUGCGGGCGUUAUGAGAUCGACCCUCGCCACAGGGGACAUGAAAGCCUACCCAGGGGAGUGGCUAUGUGCGCGGUUCCGAUGUUAAUUCAUUCAAUCCAACAGGAUGUCGUGGGCCAGAAGCCUCUUUGCGGGAAGAAUGGACGAGCGAAAGACAGCGUGGGGAGAGCGCAAUGGCAAAAAGAAGAAAGAGAAGUCCUCGCUGUGCACUUCCCGCUACAUGAACUGUCUCAGGGACCCCGAGGACCCGGAGCCCCCUAGCCUGGCCCCCAAGCAUUACCACCCUAGAGCGGGUGCAAACGGAGGCAACUUGGGCCUUCGGUGCGGAUGGCAAGAAGACCACUAUGGGAAAAGGACGGGCGAAGGCGUGGAUCUGGGUCCAAAAGCCGUGGACUUGACAUUUGAGGACGGUGAAGUGAAGGGGAGGAGAGAGGAGGACUUGGGCGACUCAGCAGAAGGGUGGCGCAAGUCUGUGAGCGCGGUCGACUGCUGGACGCGAGUGGUGUGGGUUUUUCACUCCAAGAAAUUCCAGUCGGCCAAACUCGAGCGUCUGUAUCAGCGCUAUUUCUUCAGACUCAACCAGAGCUCUCUGACCAUGUUGAUGGGGAUUCUAAUGGUGGUGUGUGGGGUCAUGCUAGCCUUCCACUGCAUUCAGCGGGCUCCAGACGUGGCCUAUGUCUCCGUCCUUUGUGUUGCCAUAGCGCUUUUCCUGGCCGUGAUGGUGGCUUGCAACCGCAACGGGUUCCGCCAGGACUACAUGUGGAUCGUGAGCUACCUGGUGAUCGGGGUGCUGAUUGUGGUCCACGUGUACGGGCUGCUGAUGGUGUACCCCCACAGUGCUUCAGAAGGCGUCUGGUGGACGGUCUUCUUCAUCUACAUCAUCUAUACACUGCUGCCCGUCCGAAUGAGAGCGGCCGUGCUUAGCGGGAUCACGCUGUCGGUCAUCCACGCUCUGACGGCCUGGUAUCGCAACCGAGGGGACGAGUUCAUUUUGGAACUGAUAAGUGCCAACAUUGUCAUCUUCCUGUGCACCAACAUGAUCGGGAUCUGCACCCACUACCCUGCCGAGGUCUCCCAGAGGCAAGCCUUCCAAGAGACCCGAGGAUACAUCCAGGCCCGAAUUCACCUGCAGAGAGAAAACCAGCAGCAGGAGCGCCUCCUGCUCUCAGUGCUUCCCAGGCAUGUUGCCAUGGAGAUGAAGGCUGACAUCAAUGCCAAGAAGGAAGAUAUGAUGUUCCACAGGAUUUACAUCCAAAAACAUGACAAUGUGAGCAUCCUGUUUGCCGACAUCGAAGGCUUCACCAGCCUGGCGUCUCAGUGCACGGCGCAAGAACUCGUUAUGACGCUCAACGAGCUGUUCGCCCGCUUCGAUAAAUUGGCAUCGGAGAACCACUGCCUACGGAUCAAGAUCCUGGGGGAUUGCUACUACUGCGUGUCGGGGCUGCCAGAACCUCGGGCUGACCACGCCCACUGCUGCGUGGAGAUGGGCGUGGACAUGAUCGAAGCCAUCUCACUGGUGAGAGAAGUGACCGGAGUCAACGUGAACAUGCGAGUGGGCAUCCACAGCGGGCGCGUGCACUGCGGCGUGUUGGGCCUGCGCAAGUGGCAAUUUGACGUUUGGUCCAAUGACGUGACGCUGGCCAACCAAAUGGAGGCCGGCGGGAAGGCCGGGCGCAUCCACAUCACCGAAGCUACUCUUCGCUACCUCAACGAGGACUACGAAGUGGAGCCCGGGUUCGGAGGGGAGAGGAACGCGUACUUGAAAGACAACAAUAUUGAAACUUUUCUGGUGUUGGGCUGUAGCCAGAAGAGGAAAGAGGAGAAAGCCAUGAUGGCCAAGAUGCAGCGGGCGCGUGCAAAUUCCGCCGAGGCAUUGAUGCCGCGUUGGGUGCCUGACAGAUCUUUCUCUAGAACCAAGGAGUCCAAAGUCUUCAGGCAGAUGGGCAUCGAUGAAGCAUCCACUAAAGACAACCGCUGUGCACAGGAGGCACUGAACCCCGAAGAUGAGGUGGACGAGUUCCUGGGCCGAGCCAUCGACGCUCGCAGCAUCGACCAGCUGCGCAAAGACCACGUCAAGAAUUUCCUCCUCACCUUUCAAACCACAGAACUGGAGAAAAAGUACUCCAAAAAGGUGGACGACGGCUUCGGCGGCUACGUGGCCUGCGCGCUGCUGGUUUUCUGCUGCAUCUGCAUCAUCCAGAGCAUCGUCUUGAAAAAAACUCCACUGAUGCUGGGCCUGUACAUUAGCAUCUUCUUAAUCCUCAGCAACAUGGUCUUCAUCUCUUCCAUGUACUCCUGCCUUGAAGUGUUCCCGGCCGCCUUCCGGAGGCUGACCACGAAGAUUGUGCGGUCGCGUGCCAACAGCACACUGGUGGCCAUCCUCACCAUCCUCCUCCUCUUCAUCGCAUCCUUCGCAAACAUGUUUACGUGCAGCAGAGCUGACUUGAAGGACUGUGUGGCCGAGGAGCAGCGGAACGCGACGCUGGCCCUCUGCCUGCUGCACAACCUCACCGAGACGGCCAGGGAUGGCUGGACGUUCUGCUCCGCCCAGGCGGUUCCCUGCCAUUUCCCAGAGUAUUUCAGCUACAGCGUCCUGCUGACCCUGCUGGCCUGCUCGGUGUUCCUCCACAUCAGCACCAUCGGCAAGUUGGCGCUCAUGCUCCUCAUCCAGCUGGUCUUCCUGCUGGUAGUGGAGUGGCCUCACGUCAUCCUGUUUGACAACGCAGACCUGCUGCGCAAAGUCAGCGCGCUGCUGGCUUCCAACGCAACUACAGAACAGUGCCUGGAGACCGUGACCAAAGUCCCGCUGAAGGUCAUGACCCCCGUCAUCCUCACCGUCUUUGUUCUGGCGCUGUACUUACACGGCCAGCAGGUGGAAUCCACUGCACGCCUCGACUUCCUCUGGAAACUGCAGGCCACUGAGGAGAAGGAGGAGAUGGAGGAGCUCCAGGCAUACAACCGCCGCUUGUUGCACAACAUCCUGCCCAAAGACGUGGCCGCGCACUUCCUGGCCCGCGAGCGGCGCAACGACGAGCUGUACUACCAGUCUUGCGAGUGCGUGGCCGUCAUGUUUGCGUCCAUCUGCAACUUCUCCGAGUUCUACGUGGAGCUGGAGGGCAACAACGAAGGGGUGGAGUGUCUCCGGCUGCUCAACGAGAUAAUCGCCGAUUUCGAUGAGAUCAUCAGCGAGGAGAGAUUCCGUCAGCUGGAGAAAAUCAAAACCAUCGGUUCCACUUACAUGGCCGCCUCCGGUCUCAACGUGUCCACCUACGACCGAGAGGGUCGCUCGCACAUCCUGGCGCUGGCCGACUACGCCAUGAGGCUCAGGGAACAGAUGAAGUACAUCAACGAGCAUUCCUUCAACAACUUCCAGAUGAAGAUCGGGUUGAACAUGGGACCGGUUGUGGCUGGGGUGAUCGGAGCCAGGAAGCCGCAGUACGAUAUUUGGGGGAACACGGUCAACGUGGCCAGCCGAAUGGACAGCACCGGUGUACCGGACUGCAUUCAGGUGACCACGGACCUCUAUCACGUGCUGGCCAACAACGGCUACCGGCUGGCCUGCAGAGGACUGGUCAAGGUGAAGGGCAAAGGCGAAAUGACCACUUACUUCCUCACCAGCGGCCCCCCAACCAGUUAACCGCAGAUGGAACUCUCGAGCUCCUCCGCAGUGUUGACAAAUGCUGUGUCUUGUCACACACACACACACACACACGUGUGUGACUGUUGGUGUUAUUUGAAGGCUUUUUUUAAUUUAAUUUCAUUUUUUUUUAGCAGGGGCAGCGCAACGUGUCCAAAGCCCAGUUGCCUUAAGAUGGGCAUUUGGUUGUUUGUACCAGAUGAAGUUCAACUAUUUUCUCUGCACUCUUUAUUUAUUUUCUUGUUUUGUGCAGAUGGAUUUUCAGUGAUGUACAGUACAAAAGAUAAGAAGCAGACAUCUAAAUAUAUAUCUAUAUAUAUAUGAAGAAUGAACAUGACCAAAGAACAACAUUGAGACUCUGUCCCAUGUAGGCUUACUUCAUCGGGUUCGUGAGGGACGCACACACACACGUAUCUUCAGGUGGAUUAACGUCCCACCGAUAAGGAACACAAACAAUACAAUUGCCACAUGUGUGUGCGCGCGUGUCUCCGUGUUUCAGUCAAUCAGUGGUGGUUCUUGCCCAUUUUUAGCAGGGUUGCAAGAGUGAGACCAAGGGUAUUUUCUGGGUGGCACUAGCCCCCUUUCACCCCAGAACCACCACUGGUGUGUGUGUGUGUGUGUGUGUGUGUGUGUGUGUGUGUGUGUGUGU